AUGGGACCUCGAAGGACACACCGUAAAAGCCGCAAUGGGUGUCCACAAUGCAAAGCGCGCAGAUUGAAGUGUGACGAACGACAUCCAUGCACCAAUUGCGUUAAACAUGGCAUUUACUGCGAGUUUGUCGCUCCGACUGAGCCACAGGAUUCAGCGCGGGCGACCCCUGCAUCUACUGUGUCGCCAGUGGCUCAGUCCCAGCCGACCCAGCCGACCCAGCAGACCUUGACACAGCCGCAUCUAUACCCGCGGCAGCCCAUCAAUGUGGGGACUCCGGUCAAUUAUCAUACCAAUGAGACAGGACAAAAGUUCGAUCUGCUCGGUAUUCUAUCCGAAUCUCCCCCGGACCCGUCGUUGCGGGCGCCGGAGGAUUGGGCUUUAGAUCUGGAACUGAUGCAUCACUACUGCACUAUGACGUGCAACACAUUGACAGUCCGUGAAGAUGCACGAUAUGUUUGGCGUGUUAUCAUGCCUAUCGAAGGUUAUGCUAACCCGUAUGUAAUGAAUGGUCUGUUGGCUAUCGCUGCCUUACAUCGUGCAUUCCUGGCACAUACUCCGCAACAAAAAGAGCGAUAUGUCAAUGCGGCGGCGUACCAUAUCACGACGGGAUUGAAAGCUUUUCGAGAACUGAUCGCCUUGCCUCUUGAUCCUAAAAAUUGGCAGCCGGUCUUUUGCUUUGCUGGGAUGAUCAAUGUGCAUCUGAUGGGUACACCGACCAGACUGGGCGUUAGUCGGUGGCCUGCACCGAUCUCGAAUGUGUUGGAUCUGUUUGGAAGUGUCAAGGGGCUCCAAGUUCUCAUGGAACCUUUCUUGCAUUCUAUUAGGAAGACUCAAUUGGCUCCGUUGGUGAACUCUAUCUGGCUUAUAGAUCCGCAGCUCAUUCCAAGUCAAGCUCAAAUUGCCCAAUCUCUGCUGCCACCAAAUUUCUGGAUGCAAGCAUCCCAACUACGUGCAUUUAUUCAUAACUACCCAUUCGCCCCGGCUCCACCCGCCCAGACCGGCGGGGAUCCUGAAACCGCGAGUGAACCAUCCGAUCGUCGAAAAGAGUAUAUUGACGCCCUUGAUGCAUUUGAAAGAGCAGCACGAUGCAUUGAGCUCGCAGGGACCAAGGUUGAAUGGGGCAUGGUCUUAAUAUUUGCGCAAUCCCUGUCGAAACCGUUCCAUGAUGACGUUGAAGCGCAUGAACCGGCUGCGUUGGUUAUUAUGGCAUACUACUGUAUUCUGGUCCACCUUGUGGAUGAUAUUUGGUUCACCAAUGGACUUGGAUGGCAAUUAAUGGAAGAUAUUGAGAGCAAGAUCCGCCCUGAAUAUCGGGAGUGGCUGACUUGGCCGAAACAAUGGGUCUUUGAGCGACGAGGGUACCCUUUGUACGUGAGUAAAGAGUGA